AUGGCUGAGGAAGGCUUUGCUGCUGGAGGUUUAAUGGACGUUAAUACUGCUCUGCAAGAGGUGCUGAAGACCGCCCUCAUCCAGGACAGCCUAGCACAUGGAAUUCGCGAAGCUGCCAAAGCCUUAGACAAGCGCCAAGCCCAUCUCUGCGUGCUUGCUUCCAACUGUGAGGAGCCUAUCUGUGUGGUGGUUAAGGACUAUGGCAAAGAGUCUCAGGCCAAGGAUGUCAUCGAGGAGUACUUCAAACGCAAGAAAUGA